UUCUUUUUUUUUUUUUGGUUGGUUGGGGGGGCCGGGGGGGAUUUAUCAGAUAUCAUGCGAUUUCGCUUUUGAAUCAAUUAUUCUUUUAUUUCUCCAUUAACAGAUUUGUUUAAUGGUGGUUUUGAUGUGGGAAUUUCUGUGACGAAUAUCUUUGUUUGUUAAAUUUGACAAUUGCCGCUUUCUCGCUGUGGAGGCCUUUUCUUAGCUUUGUGAACCUUAUUGGUUGGUCGUUUGGAUUUUCUUUUUGCGAUGUAGAUCUUCUGUGAAAAAAAAAAUAUAGCCAAAAAGUUAUCAGCGUGGCUUCAUAUGGUUCCUUUCAACCUUAAUAGGGUUAAUGUGUGUAUCUGUGCUUGUCUUUGGGAUUUUUAUUUCUUAAAGAAAUAUUUUUUCCCCUGUUGGCAUUGCAAGCAAUAUAAUGGUUUUUGACUGAGUUUUUAGUCGAUGCUGGCCUAUGAUCUUCAUUUUGUUCAGUUUUCUUUUGUAAACUUAACACUGUUCUGUUUGUUCUCGAAGUUGAGUUGUCUGGUUUUAUCCCUUUUUGCAUUUACUUGGGUUGAAGCAAUUGCAACUUUUUCAGUUAAUCAAUUCUUGGUCUUUCAUCUACUGUUUUGUUCUUGUAUGUGAUUUAUAGGCUAAUUGUUGGAAUAAUUGCUCGAGACUCAAAUGAUGGACUUGCAAGCUUAAUAUACUUUUAUGAAGGGUCAAUUGAUCAAUUUUACAUUUGAUACAGUGAAAUCUGAUCAGCUUAUACUGUUAUAAAGUGUCAAUCAAUCAAUUUAACGUUUGAUACAGUGGAGCCUGAUUUGUUUUUACCUAGUGCAUGAAAUUGGCAUUACAUGCUAUCCAACACGCAGCAUAGGUGGCGCUGUAAGCUUGAGAUAUUCUUUUCUUUGAUGAUGGCUUCUGCUUCUGCUCGGUGCUCAUUUGGUAGUACGGCUUUGCUCCACAGUGAAUCUAGGUCCAAGUCUUUCCAAGCUGACUUCUUUGGGCUUCGUGACCAUGUGAAGAGGGAUUCUUCAAAAUGUAUUAUAUGCCCAAGUUCUCUGUCUACCUAUCCACUGAAGGGAUUUUGCAACCGAGUAACUGCAUUACCAGAUUUUGGUGAUUUCUUCUGGGAGAAGGCUCCUACGCCCAUACUGGACAUGGUUGAUUCACCAAUUCAUUUGAAGAAUCUGUCUCUCAAGGAACUAAAACAAUUAGCUAAUGAAAUCCGCUCUGAGAUAUCUUUUAUUAUGUCAAGGAGAUGCAUACCUUUUAAAGCUAGUCUUGCAGUUGUUGAGCUAACGGUUGCUAUCCAUCAUGUUUUUCAUGCUCCGAUGGAUAAAAUAUUAUGGGAUGUUGGUGAACAGACAUACGCACAUAAGAUUCUCACAGGAAGACGCUCUCUUAUGCACACAGUUAAGCAAAAAGAUGGUCUCUCAGGUUUCACAUCUCGUGCAGAGAGCGAGUAUGAUGCAUUUGGUGCUGCACAUGGAUGCAAUAGUGUCUCUGUGGGGCUUGGUAUGGCUGUUUCACGAGAUAUCAAUGGAAAGAAAAACUGUAUAGUGACAGUUAUAAGUAAUUGGACAACAAUGGCUGGUCAGGUGUAUGAAGCAAUGAGCAAUGCUGGUUAUCUUGAUUCAAACAUGGUAGUGAUACUAAAUGAUAGCCGACACUCCUUACAUUCUAAGCCAGAUGAAGGACCAAAAAUGACAAUCAAUGCACUUUCCAGCACUCUAAGCAAGCUUCAAUCCAGUAAAUCUUUUCGGAAAUUUAGAGAGGCAGCAAAGGGUGUUACCAAGAGGAUUGGUAAAGGGAUGCAUGAACUGGCAGCGAAAGUUGAUGAGUAUGCUCGUGGUAUGAUAGGUCCCCUUGGCGCAACUCUCUUUGAAGAACUUGGGCUUUAUUACAUUGGCCCAGUUGAUGGACACAAUAUUGAUGAUCUAAUUUGCGUACUUAAUGAAGUGGCAUCAUUGGAUUCAACUGGACCUGUAUUGAUUCAUGUUAUCACAGAGGAUGAAAAGGAGUCAGAAGAUAUUUAUAAAAGCAAGAAAACUCCUGAAGAACAAGGGACCUUAAAAUCCAAUUUGUUAGCAUCAUAUCCUAAAUCUAUAGGCAGCAGCUUCUCUAGAACAUACAAUGAUUGCCUUGUCGAAGCUUUGGUAGCAGAAGCAGAGAAGGACAAGAAAAUUGUGGUAGUCCAUGCAGGCAUGGGAACAGAUCCAUCACUUCAACUUUUUCAGUCGAUGUUUCCUGAAAGAUUUUUUGAUGUAGGCAUGGCAGAGCAACAUGCUGUUACUUUUGCUGCUGGUUUGGCCUGUGGUGGGUUAAAGCCAUUUUGCAUAAUUCCAUCUACAUUCCUACAAAGAGCAUUUGAUCAGGUCAUCCAAGAUGUAGAUCUGCAGAAAGUGCCAGUGCGAUUUGCAAUCUCAAGUGCAGGGCUGGUAGGAUCUGAUGGUCCAACUCAGUGUGGGGCAUAUGAUGUAACAUUCUUGGCAUGUUUGCCAAACAUGAUUGUCAUGGCACCAUCAAAUGGAGAUGAACUCAUUGACAUGGUAGUGACUGCUGCAUAUAUUGAAGACAGACCUGUUUGUUUCCGAUAUCCCAGGGGAGCUGUUGUGGGGAUCAGUGGUCCUCUAUAUCGUGCAACUCCCCUUGAGAUUGGGAAGGGAGAAGUUCUUGUGGAGGGGAAAGAUGUGGCAUUACUUGGUUAUGGAUCAAUGAUCCCAAAUUGCCUGAAGGCUCAGUUUUUGCUUGCUGGCAUUGGUGUCCGCGUGACUGUUGCCAAUGCAAGGUUCUGCAAACCACUUGACCUUGAACUUAUUCGAAGGUUAUGUAAAGAGCACGAGUUUCUUGUCACUGUUGAGGAAGGAACCAUUGGUGGGUUUGGUUCCCAUGUUUCACAGUUCAUGGCACUUGAUGGUUUGCUUGAUGGAAGGACCAAGUGGCGGCCUAUUAUAUUACCAGACAAGCACAUCGAGCAUGCUUCCCCAAAAGAACAGCUUGAAAUUGCUGGCCUGACGGGUCAUCAUAUAGCGGCCACAGCAUUGAGCCUGCUGGGACGACACCGUGAUGCCCUUCUGCUGAUGCGGUAGAGAGGUUUUAAAAUGUGAUGGCAAAGAAAGUGAUGCCAAAGAACAGCUUGUGUAUGGCAAAUUAUGUGUUAGGCAGCUCGCAAGCUCUCAUCUGUGCUGACUAAGUUUGACCAAUGUUCUCCCAGUUGGUAUCACAUUUAUUAGGCGCCAUGGGAUAUGUACUUGGAGAACGGCAUGGUUUAGCAAUUAAGCCUGGCUUUGGUAUGAUCCGUUAAAUAUUUUAGAGAGGGAUGGAAUGGGAGAUAGCAUUGCUGUACAGUCUUUUUACCUGAUUCAAAUGUUGUAAAUGCUGACCACAUCAAAUUCACUGCUUAGAACAGUUGUGUACACCUCAUAUUUGUACAAACCAGACCCACAGGUUCAUCAGAUCUUCCAUUGAAAUGUUCAUCCCUUGUAUUUUUUGUC